AUUUUUGACGAGUAACUACAUCCUCUUAGUGCAUAAAUUAGCUACCAGAAGAAAGAGGGUGGUUCUGCGAAUUUUUCUGUUGUUUUACUGAUAACAAUAUUGUUUUCUCUUUUGAUAUCGUGGUUAAUCCAACGCUUAGGGUCUAUUCUUUCGUUGGUAUUGAUUGUGGUCUAAUUGACAUUUCAUAACACACAAAAGCCAUACCAGCCAUGGCUAACAGAGGGGCCGGAGCUCAACGACCAAAUGGGGCAACACAAGGAAAAAUAUGCCAGUUCAAAUUAGUUUUAUUGGGUGAAUCAGCUGUAGGAAAGUCAAGUUUGGUUUUACGAUUUGUAAAAGGGCAAUUUCAUGAAUAUCAAGAAUCUACUAUAGGAGCUGCAUUUUUGACACAGACAGUUUGUCUUGAUGACACAACAGUGAAAUUUGAAAUCUGGGACACUGCUGGUCAGGAGAGAUAUCACAGUCUAGCACCUAUGUAUUAUAGAGGAGCCCAGGCUGCUAUAGUUGUAUACGAUAUUACUAAUCAGGACACAUUUGGUCGUGCCAAAACCUGGGUAAAAGAAUUACAGCGACAAGCUAGUCCCAAUAUAGUUAUAGCACUAGCUGGGAAUAAAGCUGAUCUGGCUAAUAAACGAAUGGUAGAAUAUGAAGAAGCUCAAGCAUAUGCAGAAGAAAAUAGUUUGCUUUUUAUGGAAACGUCAGCGAAAACAGCGAUGAAUGUCAAUGAUAUAUUUUUGGCUAUAGCCAAGAAAUUACCUAAAAAUGAAAGUGGGGGAGCAGCCCAACAAAGACAAGCGGGUGUACGAUUGAACAGUGAACAAAAUCAACAAUCUGAAGGAGGAAGCUGUUGUAGCAAGUAACAAGGCCUGUUUUAAGUGGCUCAUUUUGUCAUGUGAACAGACAUUAGUCCAAUCAGAGACCUUUUCACAAAAAAAAAUCUAUUGUGAUGAACUACUACUACUACUGUUCUUGGGAGUUUAAUUAAUCACAGCAUAUAUUUCAAUAACAGAAGAUAAUGAAACUCGACAUUGAAGUUGGAAAGACUUGAGAGAAUAGAUAUAUUCACAGAUCUAUAUUAAAAAAAACUAUAUUCUAGUUAUAUUUUGGUGGACAAUACUUUUGUUCUUAGUUGUUAUUACAAUGUAUCCGAAACACUAGCCCUGUACACUUUGAAAAAAUACUCUUAAGACAAACACAGUCGGACAAAACCUAGGGUUGGGCAUUAUACCGGUUUUUUUCGGUAUAUCGUGAUAAAAUCAUUGACGAUUUUAUCAUAUCGGACUUAUUUAAAAAUAUCGAGAAUCCAGUAUAUCGUGAUACCGGUAACCAAAAUUAUUGCGAUAUGAUAAUUAUCGUGUUUCAAGACAGGUGCAGCUGUAGUGCACAGUACGAAGUCUAAAUGGCAAUGCUGAGGUCACGAUUUAUACAAGAACUCGUAAUCGAGGAACACUUGUUUGGCAAGGUCAUGGUUGGACAGUAUUUAAUCCAGUCGCAACUGUCACUGCCUUGUAGAUCAUUUAUCAUGUUAUUUGGGAAAUUAUUAUCACGAUAAUUUUUUCAUUAUCGCCCACUCCUAACAGAACCUAGUUGUGGACAAAAUUCAGCAGUGGUAGACAGUCAAAAAUAUUAAAAGCACACCCUUCCUCAUACACCAUACCACUCCUGCUUCCAAUUAAAUCCAUUUUAGAAUAACUAGAUUUAUUAUCUGAUAAGUGCAGAUUUCUUUCUCUUGGUAGUGAAAUGCUAUGCUAAAUGCAUGCAAUUGACUGUGGUCUUCUAAAAUUUGGUUGAUCCUGCCUCGUACAUUACACCAGUCAAUACACAAUAUAAGAGGGCAGACUUUGGCUAGAAUUUGCAACAUGAUAAAUUUUAAGAGUAUUUUUUCAUGGUCCUACCUAUAUGAUUAGCAAAAUAAAUAACCAAGAUGUUCUUUAAUACCAUUUUUUAUGGCCAUGGGGCGGGGAAUUUAUAUUUUUUGUUUAUCUGAUGCUUGUUAUGUAAAUGAUGUUAAGAGGUAUGCAAAUCUAGUAUGUGUAUUAUCAAUGUUUGUUUCUGUAUGUGGUUUAUCUAGAUGUAUAUCUAGAUAUGUUUUAUUUAUAUUAUAGGCUCUAUAACUACCUAGCUUCUUCACAUUAUUCAGAUUUUUCACAAUUUCAAAAAGCAGACAUCCAAUACUUUUAUAACUUUUCGAAAAAUAAAUGAAAUGAAAAGAAAUGGGGUUUAAGGUCCUACAUUUCGGCUGUGCCUCGGCUAUCGAAGACCGGUCAAAAAAAAAAUAUGAAAAUGAUAAAUUGAAUUGUUAGGAAUCGUGUUGUAAGUUGUUUAGCUGAACCCAGUUAAAGGCUAUUGUAGGAACUAGGGCUUUGAUUUUCAAUCACUUGUGUUGUACCAUUAAAUCCAGACCCACAAACGAUAAAGAGAGAGAGAAAAAUAGGGUUUAACGUCCACUUGAAACAAACUAGGUCAUUUUGGGACUAACAUGGUUCAAUUUUUUUUCAAUAAUUUGCUAGCGCAUAGGGGUCUUUAGCAAUGAAAGGAAACCAGAAGACCCGAAGAAAACCCACAAGGUUGGACAGUCUACCCUACUCCUCGUGGCGUAUAAGCAGGGAUUCAAAACCCUCGGCACUUGACUAAAUAACAGACCUUGUGAUCAAACGCUCACAAUUUAGUAGGAUUUAACAUUUCUCGUCAGUUGGUACAUCUUUGUUAAACGAAUCUUGGGUGAUAUUGUCUGAAUGAUGAAACCUAAACAGAGUCCUGGUUAAGGCUAUGAUGUUCAUAUCGGAUGUCAGAUGCAUUGGAUAUUUGCUUUUGCUGAGAUGCUGCUUGUGGUUCAUUGUUUUCUUGUUGAUAAUAAUGUUUGUGAUUAGUAAUCAGAUUUCAUGGAAAUAAAAUUGAAACUUGAUAGGAAUUUGUUCCAUGAGCACUGUUGAUUGUACAUAGAUGUAAUAAAUUUUGUGAAUAGUUGUUAUGGCAAAUAAGAAAAUACUUUAACUUAGAAAUGAAAUGAAAAUCUUUUUGUCCAUAUUAUCAAUUAAGUGUUGUAUUUGAGGUCGAGAGUUUAAAAUGUACGUAGAACCGACUCCUGCAAUUUCACAAAAUACUACGAUUCUUUUUGUCCUAGUUUCAAAUUGUCAUUCCAAAUCAGAAUUUCUUCAGAAUAUGGCUUGAAGAAUUAAAAAAAAAAAGAUUGAUAUCCAAAAUAGAUUUUGAAUAUAAUAUUUCAUCAAAAAAAUAAUCUCUAAAAAUCUGUAUUAGGAAGCAUAUAAUAUAUUAUACCCCUUAUGAUGCAAAAUGUUUGAAAUAUCUCAAAUUAAAUAUAGAACGCUUGCUUUGUUAUCGUUCAUAAGCAAUGUUUGAUACUGUAUUAAUUACUUGCAUUAUUCAUUGAGUUUUUGGAUGUUAAGACUAUUACUUUGCCAUUUCAUGAUUUGUAAAUACCCUAACUUAAGCUCUUAACUGGUAUGAAGACAAUUGUGUGUCUGUGUGCAUGAUGACUUAGUAUGAUGAAUUUUUCUAGUGAAAGUAUCUGUAUCUGUUCAUUUGGUGAUUUUUGUUAUUGAUUUCAACUAUUUCGUCUUUGAGUGCUCACAAUUUAAGAUUCCUUCUCCUCACCUUGCUUAUAUCGAAUUUAACAAUAUAUAUAUAUUAUGUAAUUACAUCAGAAAUCGCUUUACUGCUUUCAAUAAUAUCCCAACUUUUUUAAUUGAGAUUUAUUUUUUUAAAACAUUUUUUUCUAACAGAAUUGCUGAAGAGAUUUUGUCCGUAUGUUGUCUUUGUAAACAAUGCUAGAACUUGGUGUGAUUGCUUGUUAGAAAUUAAAGCUUGAUCUGGGGAUAGAACAUGAUUUUUUGUUGAAAAAAACCGUUAACUGAUUGUACAGUUCUGUUAGAAAGAGUGUGACAUAUUUCACCAUAUUUUUCAUCAGCUUUGAAUUAUAGCCACUUUGACUUGAUUAUCUUGUGUUGUUUUUUUUUUUUUAAAAAGAUAAGCUUUUUAUUAAAGUUGAACAUGUACAUCUAAUGUCUAGAACAAAACAGUUAUAGAAAAAAGCUAGGAUGAUUUAACUGUAAUAAUUCUACCUGACUAUAAUGCUAUGUUUAGAGUAUGAUCUGCAGUAGAAGUUUUUAAUUGUUACAAACAUGUAGACAAGGCACAUCUUUGUGAAAAAUGAACUUUUAUGUGAUGACAGUUGUUUUUUCUCCUUGUAAACUUCAUUUUUAGGAGCUUUUUUUGUUGGUUUUUUAUUGUUAUGUUGAUGUAAGUAACACAUUUCAUUGUGCUGCCCCCUGGCGGUCAUUGUGACUCAUUAUGGGCAGAUAACUUAUUAAUAUGUAAAUUUCCUAACAGUUGUAAUUUCGAAAUUUUGUAUAUAAUUAUAUAUAUAAAAAUAUGUGUAGCUGUAUUGGCACUCAUGGUGUAGUAUUCGUAAUUUCGAAAUUGUGAAGAUGAAUUGAGAAAAAAAACUAUCUUUGAAUUCAGGAGGUCAGGCAGAAACGAUAUUUAAACAAAUUCCACUUUUAAAGAAAUAUGGGAGUUUGGCUGUAAGGUAGCCAUAUCUUUUGUAAUACAGUACCCCAGUUUGCGUCGUAAUAACCAGUAUCCCAUAUUUUCCCAACGUAGUACUAAUCUCUAUAUUUAUACAUAUAUACCUUAGCUUAGUUGAUUUUAAAUCAUUUAAUUAAAUUAAUAUCAUGAUAACCGUUUUAAACCUCCCACAUAAAUAAUUAAUACCUUUGAUUGUUACGGUAAUAAGCUCAGACACUUGAUGAAACCAUGGACCUCUGAACGUUAUUGAUGCGGUUCAUGAUUUAAGGGAGUAUAGGAAAUCUUUUUAUGUUUAUAUUUAUGAUGUAUAUAAUAUAUUAAUAUAUAAUACAUGUAUUGUUUCUGCCAUGGAAGACAUCAGUAAUUAUUUGAUAUCACCAGAUAUUAUCCAGAUUUUAGGAAAAUAAAGAAUAUAUUAAAAACAU